AUGUCUGAAAACAUACAUCGUCGUAAAAGACAAUCAUAUAAAAAUGCUGCUGAAGCCAAUAAUAAUAGUAUUCUUUCUUACUUAACACCACGAACUCCAUUAACAGAUAUAUUAUCUCGGGCUGACAACAGCAGCAAAAAUAACCUUUAUAACAAAGAAACUGUUCCUGACAUUAAUGAAAUACCACCAAUGAAAAGAAUAAGACACGAUUUAUUUAUUCCUCAAAUACAAACUUCCUUUCCAACAUUACACGAAAGAAAUUCAUUUACCAACAAUAGUGAUAAUAAUAAAGAUGCGAAUAAAAUAUCUUUUUUUACUAAGAAGACUGUUAAACCUUAUAUGGGAUUGAACACAAUAAUAGCUCUAUAUAAUAGAGAGCUUUAUGGAAACCCAAGAGGUUAUAGUGUUCAAGCAUCAAAAAGAUGGAAUUCAUCAACACGUUAUUUAAUGAAAGAUUUUAUAAAUAAUCAAAGAGAUGCAUUUAGAUUCACAGGUGAACGAGGAUUAAUUGCACCAUUUGCUUGUUCAUUUACUAAUGUUGCACAUGAAAAAAAAUAUCUGGCAGUAGCUGAUGAAGAAGGAACGGUAGGAUUAAUUGAUACAAGAUAUGAUAAUACAGUUGAAACUGAACGGAUUCGAAUUGAAUUCCGUGCUCAUGAUAAUGCAAUCUUUGAUAUUAUGUGGAGCCAUGAUGAUAAAUCUUUGGUUACUGCCUCAGGUGAUCAAACAGCACGUUUAUGGGAUGUAGAAUCUCAGCAACCUAAAGCAAUAUUAUGUGGACAUACAUGUAGUAUUAAAUCUAUAAGCUAUAGUACCUUGAAUCCAUGUUUAUGGUCAACAGCUUCUAGAGAUGGUAACAUAUUUAUUUGGGACAUAAGGACUGUAGGGCUUCAAAACUUUGGAGCAAUGCUUUAUAAUCCUGCAAUGAGCAUACGAUUUGCACACUCAUUAGAAUCUCAUAGGAGAAGAAAAUCCUGCUCAUUUCCUGUAAGGAGUAAACCAACAAGUAGUGUUACUGGAGUGCAAUUUUUAAAACAUGAUGAAAAUUUAUUGGCAUCAUCAGGAGCACUUGAUAGUAUUAUAAAAUAUUGGGAUUUGAGAAAACAUUCUGGUCUAAGGAAUGCAAACCCAGUUCAAGUAUCAAUUAGUGGAGCUACAGCAAUACGUCCUCAUGGUAUAUCAGCCUUAUUAAUGGAUAAUGAUGGUUCAAAAUUAUAUGCAAAUAGUACCGAUCAUUAG